AUGAAUGAGUGUUUUCCAGGGGAGGAGAAGAGGCGCUACCGAAGAAGCUAUGGUGUCUUUCCAUGUCCCAACUGUGGUAGAACAUACCUUCGCAAGGACUCACUUCAACGACAUACCCUUUGGGAAUGUGGAAAGGAUCCACAGUUCCAGUGUCCUUUCUGCCCUCAGAAGUGCAAACGGAAAUCCCAUCAUAUUAGGCACAUGCAACGUCAACACAAAGACAUGCUUGACCUUAUGAAUAACUAUGUUAAGAAAGAGGUGACUGCUGAAUGA